UCAGAUGAUGGCAAGCCGACCGGCCUUCUUCUCGCACGACACAACGAUCCCGCUCGCUCCUACAAAGGCGCAACACAAUGAUUGACACACCAAGAGAGAGACUUGCAGUAUCCGCCGCAAAGCUGCGCUGCCCUUCCUGUCCCGCCCGCGUGGCAGCCUGUGCUUACCCUCGCCCUUGUGCCCUGUGAUUUUGAAUCUGGCCUGUGCCCAUGGGUCAGCUCUUACCAGCGCCAGCGUGUUCAUUGCGUCGCCGUGCUUCUUCUUGCAGUACGACCUUUUUUUGCAAUGAGACUGCUUGUCCCAAUAGUUGCUCCCAUUGGUUGGCUGAUUGGCUGGCUAACCGGUUUCGUGCGCCAGCGCGCCGGCGAAGGCGGCGUGGCUCAGCGCAUCCUUGGCCGUCAGCCGCUUGGUGGGGUCGACCUGCAGCAAACUGAACACACAAGUACACCCAGAGACGCAUACACAACAACCAGAUGAGCACUAUGCAACUAGAGCAUACAGCUGCUCAUACGUGUGGUGUCCGGCUCUGUGUACGCACCGGUUUAUGAGCUUGAUGACCGGGUGGUUCUUCAGGAUGUCCGGCCGCUGGAGUUUCCGCCACAGCCAGUCCUCCUCCUCGGCCUCGGUCAUGUGGCGAGUGUACAGAUGCUGAUGGCAAGAAACAAGGAAGAAUCAAGCAGAUUAUUAGCUGCCGCAGGUAGCAACCCCUUGUGUGUGUGUGUCUUACCUCGCCGACGGCACUACAGUCCUGGACUAGGGGCAUGGACUGGAGCACGUGCUCAUAUCCGCUGGCGUUGCGAUUGUCCAAAAUCUCCUGCAACUGCACGAUGGCACAGAAGCGUAAGACGGAGACAUGAAAUGCAUGCACAAAUAAAUUGUGAGCUGCGCGUAUGGGUGUGUAUUUGGCCGUCGGCGUCGUCUUGCGUGACACCAAACGGCAGCGCCCUGCUGAGGGCCAGAAACAACAUGACGCCAAGCGACCUGCAGCCAAGACACCACACCACAGUACGUUGAUGGGCUGAUAUGUAAUAUUGAUGUGUGGCUAUCCGUACCAAUAGUCUGCCGCCAUCGUAUAGUUGACGGUGCCGCCCAGCACCUCCGGCCGGAGAUAGGGCAACGCUAUCUGAAGUACCAAUCCAUAUCAUGUGUCUGUGUCGUCUGGCAUCGCACCCACCGACCGACCGACCCACCAUCUGCUCAGGGUGUUGGUCAGCGGGCGAGAGAACUCUUCAGACAAACCUGAGGAGACGAAUAUCAUGCAUUCCAUUUGGUCUUGUCAAGGAGUGUGUCUGGUGCGUACCGAAGUCGCCGACUUUCACCGUCUCAGUGGUGGUCAUGAACACAUUCUCUUUCUCUUUCUUGAGAUCCACAUGCGCCACUGCACACAUGACACACACACCAUGCCCAUUGUCUGCACACCCGUGUCUCUCUUUUUGAGUGCUCGGCGGCUGUCCGUACCCUUCUUGUCAUGCUGUGCUUGACCCCUUUGAACAGCCUGUAACACUUGAGCAAGAAUUUCUCAACACAGAUGCCUGUGUGGGUGCACACACACACGCAGACACACACACACACGCACACACACACAGAGGGGGGAAAGAGAGAGAGGGAGAGAUUCACAAACAUCGAUACAUAAAGGCUGCUUGGUUGUGAUGUAUAGCUAAAUCUUUCGCCGUCUCCUUGUCGAUCCACCCGCCCAGCGUCCCAUCACACAGCUCUUGCACUGUCCAGCACCUCCUGACCCCCAGCGUCUUCAUGUUCUUCCGCAUCUUCUUGAAUUCCUCCUCAGUGUAGCCGGUAAUGGCCUGAUGUCAGUGAGACCACGUAAUGUCUCGAUGUGGCGACGCGUGUCUCACCUUGCUGCUGCUCUUGUUGGCCGCCAGCUGAAGUGAUACGCUGAGCGCCUCAACCUCCCCUCUGUCCUGCCUGACCAUUUCGGCCAGUUUGUUGAGGAUUCGUCCCCUCUUCAGCAUCUUCGUCACUUGGUUGCGAUAAUGGGGAGGAAACAU